CUUUCAUCUUCAUCUUGUGGCCACUGCAUAGGCACCGUACCAACCAACCUCAAUUUUUGUAAUAUAUAUAAUUUUCCUUUUCUGCUUCCUUCGGUCUGUGCACAACUUGACAAGAAGCAUUGUAUAUUGGAGAAAGGAAAGAAGAUGAACAGUGGGGCAAAUAUGACCGACAAGGGCUUUGGUGCAUUUAUCCAUAGAUUCAUACUGGCCCCUUCCUCAGGAUCUCAGCUCCCUCUGCAAGGCCUGACUUUCGCUGCCAAAGAUAUAUUUGAUAUCGAAGGCCAUGUCACUGGCUUUGGCAAUCCUGAUUGGGCAAGGACUCAUACAGCAGCAACAUCCACAUCCCCUGCUGUUUUGUCAGUUCUCGGGGCAGGUGCUACUUGUGUUGGUAAAACAGUCAUGGAUGAGAUGGCAUACAGUAUAAAUGGUGAAAAUUACCACUACGGCACACCCAUGAAUCCUUGCGCUUCAGAUCGAGUACCUGGAGGAUCUUCAAGUGGAUCUGCUGUAGCUGUUGGUGCGGGGCUUGUUGAUUUCUCAUUAGGCACUGAUACGGGUGGAAGUGUACGGGUCCCUGCUUCAUAUUGUGGGAUUUUGGGUUUUCGACCUUCGCAUGGUGCUGUGUCAACUGAAAAUGUCAUCCCUAUGGCGCAGAGCUUUGACACAGUUGGAUGGUUUGCCAGAGAUCCUGCUCUUUUAGUUCAAGUAGGAAAUGUAUUGUUGCAUUCAUCUAUUGAAGCCACCACUGAACCAUCAUGUGUACCAUCAUGUGUUGUUAUUCCUGAAGACUGCUUUACAACUUUAUGCUGUCCGAGUGAUCACAUUUCUCAAAUCCUUGUCAAAACUAUUGAGAAGUUGUUUGGAGGACAUUUAAUAAGACAGAAAAAUCUUGGGGACUACGUUGCCCAUGAAGUUCCAAGCUUAGCUAAAUUAAUGAUUAAAAACUCUGGAAAUGAAGAAUCGAAAAGAGUUCCAGCCCUUCGAGCUCUUGCAAGUGCAAUGCAGCUACUCCAAAGGUUUGAGUUCAAAGGUAAUCAUGAAGAAUGGAUUAACAACACCAAACCCUUUUUCGGUCCAGAGAUAGCAGAAAGAGUUCAGGGAGCCCUCACAGCCAAUUUUGAUAAUCUAGAUUAUUCCUACAUGAUAAGGACAGAACUGGAGGCUGCACUGACUACUCUUCUAGGGGAUUAUGGAAUUCUUGCUCUUCCUACAGUUCCAGGGCCUCCACCGAAACUAAAACUAGAGGUCUCUGCAUUGGAAGAUUUCCGUGCUAGAGCAUUCAGCUUGCUUUCCAUUUCUGGAAUGUCAGGGUUUUGCCAGAUCAAUAUACCACUUGGAAUUCAUGACAAUCUCCCGGUAUCGGUUUCUCUUCUUGCAAGAAAUGGUGCUGACCAUUUUCUUCUUAAACUUGGUCAAAAACUUUAUGGUGCUCUUAGAGAAGAAGCUGACAAGGUAUGGAAAGGAAACUGAAGCAGGAUAGGUUUUCUGUUGUGCAUACUGUUGUUUGAUUUAGAAUCAUAUAAGCUUGUGAUUUAACUUUGAUUGCAGUGGUGUCCCUCUGUUUUUUUUUCUUCUCUUGCUGUUUCUUUGCUUUAUGUUCUGUACUCCUUGGAUUGUUUCUCUUCUUUAUUUCAAUGAAAGUAUGUGCUUGAUAGGCAUUUUUUUUC